GGGAAACUCUGCGGCUGCUGUUUGUUUCGUGGCUGCAGACACUGUGUGUUUAACUGUGACUGUUUGAAUCAUUGUCAUGGUGAAUGUGUGGACCGUGUCACUGGUCAUGCUAUCCUCGGUCGUCCGCUCACUCCGUCUCGGGGCCUCUGGUUGCCAAGGAAGCAGGCGCUCCAUAGCAACCAUCAUCUCCGGCAACAAGACGUCCAAGUUAGUGAGGGAGAGGCUGAAGAACGAGGUGGAGGAGAUGAGGAGUCAGUUCUCAGGGUUCAGACCCAGUCUAGUGGUCCUACAGGUGGGAGACAGAGACGACUCCAACCUAUACAUCAGCACCAAACUGAAGGCUGCAGCUGAGAUUGGAAUCGAUGCGAAACACGUGAGGCUACCGACCACGGUGACACAGGACGAGGUCCUGCAGAGCAUCAGGUCUGUCAACGAGAACCUGUCGGUCCACGGUCUGAUCGUCCAGCUCCCUCUGGACUCUGUUCACCCCAUCCCCACUGAGCUCAUCACUAACGCCGUGUCUCCAGAGAAGGACGUGGACGGUCUGAGUUGUAUCAAUGCAGGGAAGUUGUGUCGUGGUGAUCUGAACGACUGUUUCAUCCCCUGCACCCCUAAUGGCUGCAUGGAGCUCAUCAGACAGACAGGUGUGUCUGUGGCAGGAAAACAUGCAGUUGUGAUUGGUCGCAGUAAAAUCGUUGGAGCUCCGAUGCACGACCUGCUGCUGUGGAACCAUGCCACUGUGACCACCUGUCACUCCAAGACGCCAGACCUACCUGCACAGGUGAGCAGGGCUGAUAUCCUGGUGGUGGGGGCAGGUAGAGCAGAGAUGGUGAGAGGAGAGUGGGUGAAGGAGGGAGCUGUGGUGAUCGACUGUGGAAUCAACUACGUACAAGAUGAGACGAGGGCGAGUGGUAAACGGGUGGUUGGAGACGUCCACUACACCUCAGCCAAUCAGAGAGCAGGAUUCAUUACACCUGUUCCAGGAGGGGUGGGGCCAAUGACGGUGGCAAUGCUCAUGGAGAACACGGUGCAGAGUGCUCGGCAUUUCCUCCUGAAGAACCAGUCGAUGAGGUGAAACAACAGGAAACACUCAGGCAGACAGGUGUGAACAGGUGUGAGGAGGAGGAUGGACAGCUUCACAGAUCCUGAAUAAUAAUCCGGUUUUAUUUCUUUUCGCCACUUUCCUUCUUUUUUGUUUCCUCUUCAGUAACUUUAGUUUUACAGUGUAACUCUAGUUUUACAGUGUAAAUUUAGUUUUACAGUGUAACUUUAGUUUUACAGUGUAGCUCUGUAGUUUUACAGUGUAACUUUAGUUUUACAGUGUAGCUCUCUAGUUUUACAGUGUAACUCUAGUUUUACAGUGUAAUUUUAGUUUUAUAGUGUAGCUCUGUAGUUUUACAGUGUAACUUUAGUUUUACAGUGUAGCUCUCUAGUUUUACAGUGUAACUCUAGUUUUACAGUGUAAUUUUAGUUUUAUAGUGUAGCUCUGUAGUUUUACAGUGUAAUUGUAGUUUUACAGUGUAGCUCUGUAGUUUUACAGUAUAACUUUAGUUUUACAGUGUAGAAUUGUAGUUUUAAAGUGUAACUUUAGUUUUACAGUGUAGCUCUGUAGUAUUACAGUGUAAUUUUAGUUUUAUAGUGUAACUCUGUAGUUUUACAGUCUAACUUUAGUUUUACAGUGUUACUCUAGUUUUACAGUGUAACUUUAGUUUUACAGAGUAGCUCUGUAGUUUUACAGUGUAACUGUGUUUCAUCAGCUGGAUGAAGAAGUCUCUGCAACCUUUAGCCCCCACAGCAGCUUUGUUUGUACAGGGAUCAGAGGUCAUUGUCAUGGAAAUAGAGACCAGCAUGAAGUGAUGAAUGUGAUGUUUCUAUUCUGUCAUAUUAUCAAUAAAAUUUGAUCUGGUCUCCAACA